AUGGCUCCUCCUACAGCAGUGGCCGCUGCUUGGGCUGCCUUGUAUGGUAGGGAUGCAGGAAUUGUGAAUCGUUGCCUUGGCCAUUUGACGCCUUCAGCUGUGGACGACUUGACCGUGGCUCUGACUAAGGAAAUCAAUGCCAACAGCAUCAGCAAUGAUGAGACUCAGUCUAUUUAUAGGACAAUUGGAGAAGCCAGCCUUCGUCGCCUGACGUAUCGCUGCAUGGACAAGUUUCAGAGCAACCACAGAUUAGCUACGCAAGAAAUCAUGCAAGAAGCACUUCAGUCCCACGUACUACCGGAACAUCUAAAGCAAGAACUCGUGACCAAAUAUGGACAAUAUAAAGAUGAAGCUCCUCCCCAAUCUUGGUACGAAGCACUGGAACAGCUCCAGCAAAAAGCCAAGGGUGACAAAGCACAGUUAUGGAGACUUAUUCUCGAUCACCCCAUGACUGCAUAUGUCCCCGUUCAAUGUCAAGAAUGUGGACAUGUCAUUCCUGAUGACACGACUUGCCAAACGACGGAUCAACAGGUGGGACUGGUUGAACUAGAACCUACGGGAGAAGAACUCGAACUCAGAGCGGGUUGGUACAGAGGACCCCGUAAAGCCGUACGAUUCCAAAUCACCUGCACACAGUGUGGACAUGUCUCCUACUGGUACCGCUCGGGACAUCCUCGUGUCAUUCUCAAUCCUCACAAAUGGGGACGCUUGUGUGGAGAACAGGAAGAUCUACGCUCGGCUUUGGCCUAUUACCUGGAUAUCCCUCUCCGACUCGUUGUGCCUCUGGAUUGGGAUCACAUUUGGAGUGAAUACGGCAAUCAUCCCGUAGACUCUUCUUCUACUACCGGUACUGGUACGGAUCCAAAUAUUAUUACCUGGCAAGUCGAAGACGACAGUGCUCGCAAUUUCGCCUGUCGCUUGGACGAAGGAAUUGGUAGUUGGACUCGAGUACUCGCCAUCCAUCCGAAUCCAACGCUCUGUCAAGAUGUCACCAACGCCUAUCUGUCAUGUCAAAAGGAUGGAGGCCGAGCCGAGGACCAACACGACAAUAACAUGCCACGAUAUCGACAAACCAUCCAAUCCGCAAGAGAGGAUCCAACCGGUGCCAUGACACAGUCACGGACGUUGCAUGGAUUCGUUUUAGAAAAGGGUCAAUUAUUGACGGACGACAACCAAGUCACGAGCAUCCUCCAACAUGCUGCAAACGAUCACGCCCAUGGCAAUAAGGAUUGGUGGCAAUUUUGA